AUGUCUGGCGAUACUGGCGCAAAACCUCGUCUCCAUUCAACACGCUCGUUUCCUCGAAUGGACAAUAAUUCGGACACGAGAGCUCCCACUAUUCGUUCAAGAGCGAAAACCGUACAGUCCGUGGCGAUACCAGAGUCGGAAGACUCGCUUCAUCUGGAUCUUUCGGAGAGCGAACACAACCAAGUUACUGGCCCAGACUUGUUCGAGAAGUCAGCAUCAUCAUAUGUGGAAAAUGGCGCAGACGGUGAAACUUCAGUUCUCUCGCAGAAUGUACCGAAUCAGCAAGAGGAGCUCCCGAUUGAGCUGAUCAGUCUUACUGACCGAUUCGUCAGCUCCCUCAGCGCGCGGGUACACUCCUCCCCUCCGACCAUAGAAAGAAUAUCGACGCUCUUCCAAGACUUCUACCUCCGAGCGGAAUCCCACAUAGCGACUCAUAUCUCUGCCCUUGCUUCCCGGAUAAACCGCGACCCUUCGCCGCACCUACCAGAUCGGAAAGAUACCAACGCCUCCAGCCGCCAGAUGUUGACGGCUUCGGAAGUGACAGAGAAGCGAAUAGCUCGAAAGCUUUUAGCGUCUAAGCAGGUCAGUCUUGAAGAGGCCGUAGAACGGAGAGUUUGCGAAAGUAUCUAUGAUAAGAUUUGGAGACAUAAGAGUACAUUGGAUGAAGUCAGAGAUGAAAAGUUGCGGUCAAAGACGGCAGCCCUGCUUUUGGUCGGAAUCAACCUAAAUGAGCUUGGUGUCGAUAUCGACAUUACUGCGAUCGACGAAAAAAGCCAAAAAGAUGCUGAUGACUGCUUUUCAACUGCGCGUGAUUCUCUCAUGAAAAUGAACGAGGAAAGGUAUCCAUUGGGGAAGCUUCGACACCUUGCUGCGUCGCACAAGGCAAUUGUUGAUGCCCUAACUAAGCUAUUACCUUCGUCGUCCUCCGCUGACGAGAUUCUACCGGCCCUCAUUUAUACGUUGGUCACUUGCCCGCCCGAGGGCAUCAACGUCAUAAGCAACCUUUUGUUCAUUCAAAGGUUUAGAACAAGCAGCAAGGUUAACGGCGAAACCGCAUACUGUCUUACCAAUCUCGAGGCUGCAAUCAGCUUUCUUGAGAACGUGGAUCUCUCCGAACUUCGCGCAGAGGAGGGACAAGAAGGAGGUGUUAAGGCUCCCAGUAAUGAACCUGCAUCACUUGCUGAGAGCAUUCGUCCUCCACAACCUGCUUCUCAGGAGCCCACAUCAUCUCUUUCUACGGUAACUGCAUCUGCGGAGCCUUCAAAACCUGUUGGAGGCGAACCGUCCGAGACGCUGACGGGGUUGACACCGGCCCAGCAAGGCAGACUGAAUACGUUUUUGCAACCUCCUGCAAAGGUGCUCGGGGCUGCUAAUGACGCUGUUCGUAGCACUGCCGAUCAAGGACUGAAGAACAUCAGCGCAACGCUAGACAGCAGCUUUAAUUUCUUGUUUGGCCGUUUAAAAGAGCUGCAGUCCAACCAACUGCCAGGCAGAGAUGGUAUAACGGGCCCUGUACUACCGAAAACACUGGCGGAGGCUAGACGUCUAGUUACAGCGCCUGCAUCAGGUGGCAGUGCUCCGGAUAAAGAGGACACGCCGAGGGAGACACCUGCCACAGAGCCGUCCCGGCUAAGACGCAUCGGGUCCAAGGCGGAAGAUACUUUCACUGGGCUAGUUGCUGGACAGCGGACUCCCCGUGACCGGAGUACCGACAGCGUGCGCACACAUGGCAGCUCCAGAGCGUCACUAGCGACGAGCACGUCAAAAGAUGAAGGCCGAACACCUAGCACAAAUUCUGCGUUGGCAACCCCGACGCUGGAGUCCGUCAGAAGCUUUGGAAGCAGCAUUAAUCCUUUGAAUCAUAUUCCGGGGAUGAUCAGGGGCUUCAGUCGUGGCACUCCCGAGUCGCCGGCUGUAUCUUCUCUUCCAACUCGGACGAAAGCACCGGCGGGCGACGCCAGUAUUGAUCCGCCAAUUCAACGUUUCCUCGAUAUCCAGACUGCAAAUGAGCUUACUAUUGGGGAUGUAAGCGUCUUGCUCGAUGAUUACAAACGUAUCUCUGCAGCGCUUGUGAAACAAGGCUCGUCACUCAAAUAACAAUUCCGGCAUCCUAUUAAUAAAGGAGCAAUGUUUAAUGCGGGUACGGUUUGGCGAUAUUCCCAUGCGCACUGCAAAUUGUUAGUAGCUGUUUUAUUCCUGAAUCACUGCUGGUUUCGGUGAUCAAGUUAUCUGUUGCUCAAGAGGAGUUAUGGUUUGGCAUACUUUGGAGUUGAAGCAGUCUAGUCAUGUGUAAUCUGCUUCUACGAUGAGAUAUCUUAAUGCUUUUGAGUAGAUACCUAGGUAGCUCAACGAUAGAUGAAUCGCACCUAAUAGUCUU